AUACUUAUUGGAGACCAGACCUUUAGUCAUAAGUUAUAACCUGCAGAGGGGGUGUAAUUUUUAACAUAUUUUACGUAAAUGGAGCCCUUUCAUAUCACUUUAUAAUAUAAUCACAGUGCGGGCUGGUGUUUACUAUCUUUGGAAAUCUUUUACAAUGUCUUCACAUCCACUUGUGUGGUGUUGGGUUCCCUUAACUUCUCCAUCGACUAUGAUGUUAGAACUCGCCGAGCGUUCGUUUAAGGACAACUUUAUUCUCAUCCAUGGAGUGAAACUUGCUGAUUUGAGCCAAAACAAGCGGGAAAAUGUGAAAGGACUACUAUGCAGUAAGUUUAAACAUUCAAAAAUGAGAGUGAACAGAGAAAUUAUGGACCUGCUGCCGAAUUUAAAAGUGAUCAGUACUUCAAGCGCAGGUGUGGAUCACAUUGAUGUAGAGGAAGCUACUGCACGUGGAAUUCGUGUAGGUUAUGUUCCAGGCCAUUUUACGAGCGAUUCCGUUGCAGAGUUUGCUUUCGGUUUGCUGUUGGCAUCUGCGAGGUCAAUUUUACUUGCAAAUGAAAUAGCAAAGUCAUCUGAUGCAGCACAAUCAGCGAAUAUUUCUUGCUCAAUACCCCCAUCACAAGUGACUGGUUCAACUCUUGGCCUUGUUGGUUUUGGGAACAUUGGAAGAGCAAUUGCUGAGAGAGCUAAAGGAUUCAAAAUGAACAUUUUAUAUCAUUGUCGGACGAGGAAAGAAGAGCUGGAAAUAUAUUCAGGUGCUACAUUCUGUUUGGAAUUAAAGGAACUCUUGACAGAGUCUGACUUUGUUGUUCUGAGCUUACCAUUGACGUCUGAAACAACCAAUUUCAUUUCGGCAGAGGAACUUAGUAUUAUGAAGUCUACAGCAACACUUAUUAAUGUAGGUCGUGGAGGAACUGUCAAUCAUGACGAUCUUACUGUGGCAUUACAGAAGGGUGUUAUAAAAGCUGCAGCAUUAGAUGUCACAGACCCACCAGUUCUUCCUAGGGACCACCCACUAUUAAACAUGUCAAAUGUAAUUAUUACCCCUCAUAUUGCAUAUUUGACAACCAAUGUUCAACAACUACACUGUUGGACUUCACUGGAUAAUUUAAAGGCUGGUGUAAAAGAUGAAGAGCUUCUUUACUCAGUAAACUGAAAGAGGAAAUUAAGUGAAUACAUGGAUGCAAACUCUAAUGAUUGUUUGAUUGAUUGAUAACUGUAUUCAUGCAUUGUUAAAAAUUCCCAUCCACUAGACUCUGAAAACAGCUAAUUAUCAUUCAGUUUUGGAAAUGCUAA